AAAUAUUUAAAAAAUGUGUACUCUCAAGAUUAUGGCAGCCAUUCGAUUUCGCGCAACUUGAAAUGAGAAAUUUUUCAAAUAUAUUUCUCUACAUUUCCGCUUGGGGGCGCCACUUACGUCCUCACACACGUCAAAAUUGAUUGGUGUUUCACGUACGUAUAACCUUAAGGUAUUUUCAUAUGGCGCUUCGAUCGACUGCUAACUUGAGAAAUAAAUGAAUGUCGAUUCAUCUUGAUUCUUAUUGGUCAAAGCAAUUAGAGAAGAGGAAAUAUGCGGUAAGAACUAGAAACCUAAUUACUUUUUAAGGUGUUCAAAAAGUACGAAAUAAAUAAGAAAAUAAAUGAUAAAACGUCGAUCGUAUUGUAAUUUCUUUUAUUCGUAUCGAAAUUGUACAUUCGAAGUAAAAUUACAUCGUAUUAUUAACAAUCACAAAUUCUAUGCACAAUGAUAAGAAUAAGGUUAUGAAAUUGAUUGAUCGUUUAAUAAAUAAAAAUAGAAAUUAUGGAAAUAUUGUAUCAACUUGCACGUUAAAAGCGAUGCAUUAUUUCAAGUGCAAAUACCAAGAUGUGACGUAAUAGGAAAAGGUAAUGAAAUCGUGGUAGGAUUACCACCAGAUUCUAAAUAUGGGAAAGCCAACAAGAGUAGUCGUCUGCGGAAUGAAAGGAGUAGGAAAAACGGCAUUGCUAGAACAACUCAUAUAUGGAAAUGUCACCUCAAAAACGGAAAUUCAUCCCACUAUAGAAGACAUCUAUGUUGCUAAUAUAGAAACGGACCGUGGUACAAAAGAGAGAGUUAGAUUUUACGACACCGCUGGUUUAGAAUCAUUACAAAGCAACGCGAACAAUCAACAACUUCCCAGGCACUAUCUUGGUUUUGCAGAUGGUUAUAUCUUAGUGUACGACACUACGAAACCAGAAUCUUUGGAUGUUUUAUUUCCAUUGAAGAAGGACAUCGAUAAGAACAAGGAUAAGAAAGAAAUAACAGUAAUAGUUUUAGGUAAUAAAACUAAUAAUGAAAAUAAAUCUAAUAGCUUAGAGAAUACAUCUAAUAAAGCAAGCAAUUGGUGUACCAGGGAAAAGGUAAAACAUUAUGAGAUCAAUGUAAUGGAUAGACAAACAUUGUUAGAACCUUUUGUCUAUUUGUCGUCUAGGUUAAAUCCACCACCAAACAAAAGUACAUUUCCUCAACUGAGUAUGGGUAGGAAAAUAAUUAAAACUGAAACUCCAUAAGAAAAUUAUAUCAUUUAAUUAAUUAUAACUGAUAUUUGAAAGUAAUUCACUUGGCUGUGGAAAUAUAUCAUCGUAUUAAAAAUAUGAUAUAUAUAUAUAUAUAUAUAUAUAUAUACAUAUAUAUAUAUAUAUAUUAUGAGGUAUAACAAAACAAAAAAAAACUAUAAUGAUAUUUAAGUUAAUUAAAAAAUUUGUUCAAGGGUCUAAUUGAGUACUCUUGAUUUAGAUUAAGAAUAUCAAAGUACUUAAUUAAUUUAUCUUUAUACAACAUGCAUUUUAAUAAGAUCUUCCAAAGUUAUGUUAUAAAAUGCAUCAUGUAUAAUAUUGAUUAAUGACAUGGUAUUUCGCUCAGAGGAUCGUAUAAUCGUUUUUAAACAUCUUUAUCUAUUAAGCAAUAUGGCUUAAAGUACUUAAGUAAUAUUUUCUAUCAGAAACAACAAUAGCCAAGCUGAAAGCGUAUUACAUGUUAGGUAUAAACUUUUCUAUUACAUUUAUCACUCAUAAGCAGGAAAUUACCAUUCUAUUGGUUUUGCCAGCUCCUGUAAACGUAUAUCUGUGUUAAAAACAUAAUCCCAAAUUUUACUACUAAUACCGAAACCUACAAAGAAUAAAACAUUAAAUGUUUAUGUUUAAGAAUAAAACAUAAAACUCAUGCUGUAUGAAUAAAAAAAUGAAACGCAAGAAAAAAAAAAA